UUCAAGAGCAAAUUGACCCCAAUUAAAAAAGAGAACCAAAAUCACAAAUUGAGGGGAAAAAGAUGAUCGGAGAAGUGGAGAAGAUGAUAACAGUAGGCCUUGUUUGGGGAGCAACAAAUGCCCUAAUGCGAAAAGGGGCAAUCAAAUGGGAUGAAACCAUCAAAUCUUUACCUCAACCAAACACACCCCAACACCCAGUUCUCACCACUAUACAAAAUUGGCUCAAACUUCUGUUGAUUUGGCAAUAUUCACUGCCAUUUCUUCUAAAUCUUACAGCAUCUGCUACUUUCUUUGCAAUUUUAAGUGAUACACCAAUUUCUUUAGCUGUUCCUGUUACAAAUGCCACCACUUUUGCUGCUACUGCUGUAUUUGGAUUGAUUCUUGGUGAAGAAACUCAUGUUGCUCUUGCUCUUUUUGGUACUUCUCUUAUUGUUCUUGGUGUGUACAUUUGUAUCAUGUAAUCUUUUCAAAUAAAUCUGGAUCUGAUAGACAGGUAAGGAAGGAUCUACAACUUUGGGUACGUGUUUUCGAGAAUUCAGUAACUUUUGUUUAGAUUCAGUAAAUGUAUGUUGGAAAUCAUAAUAACAAAGCAAUAGAUGUUGAAUCUC